UGGCUGGCGUUCUGCGCUCAGUGCGCGAACGUGUGCGAUACAUUUGAGGACAUUUUUUUAUGUUUCAAGAUCAUUUUGAUUUUAUCUGGAUCAUUAUACGAAAUCAACGAAUUUUAUUAUUUUUUAAAAUUUGUAGUGAAUUUGUACUCAUCCGCGGAUGCCGCAUGAGCUCUCCGAUAAAGGGCGAAUCUGAAAACCUUCACCAAUGAUAGGCUCCAGAAACCCACCUUAGAAAUCCGUCGGAAUCUGUUUCGUUUAUCAGUUUACUGUUUGUGUUUUAUUCCCGAAGUAGUCGUGGUUAACUAUUUCUCACGACUGCAUCAAUUAGAGCAAUGGAUUUUGACAACGACAUCGAUAUGGAAGCCCAGGACGGGUUCGACGCCGACCAGAGCAAUGUUGCCGAGGAAAUCGACCCAAAUCUGUGGCAGGAUGCUUGUUGGCUGGUAAUUUCAUCGUAUUUCGAUGAAAAAGGUUUGGUGCGGCAACAGCUGGAUUCCUUCGACGAGUUCAUACAAAUGUCUGUCCAAAGGAUUGUCGAAGACGCUCCCGCAGUGGAAAUGGAAGCGGAAGCGCAACAUAUGGACGGUCAACUCGAACAACCGACCAAGCACAGCUUAAAAUUCGAGCAGAUUUAUCUGUCGAAACCAACACAUUGGGAAAAAGACGGUGCACCUGUCCCGCUGAUGCCCAACGAGGCACGCCUACGUAAUCUCACCUAUUCGGCACCGCUGUACGUGGAUAUCAGGAAAACCGUAACAAAGGCUGGCAAAGAACCGGAAGAAACGCUAUACCCGAAAGUAUUUUUGGGCAAAAUUCCCAUCAUGUUACGAUCGACGUACUGCUUGCUCAGUGGGAUGAAUGAACGUGAUUUAGCUGAAUUGAACGAGUGCCCAUUGGAUCCUGGCGGGUAUUUUAUCAUCAACGGAUCGGAGAAGGUUAUCAUUGCGCAGGAAAAAAUGGCUACGAAUAUCGUUUACGUUUUCAGCAUGAAAGAUUCUAAGUAUGCCUUUAAAGCUGAAUGCCGAUCUGUCAUGGAAAACUCAAGCCGCCCAGCUAGCACAAUUUGGGUUAACAUGCUUGCGCGAGGAGGCAAAAAUGUACGGAAAUCCGCCCUUGGGCAGCGUAUAGUGGCCAUUUUGCCUUACAUAAAGCAGGAAAUUCCUAUAAUAAUCGUCUUUCGGGCUCUUGGUUUCGUCGCCGAUCGGGAUAUUCUGGAGCAUAUCGUCUAUGAUUUUGAAGACCAGGAAAUGAUGGAAAUGAUCAAGCCUUCCUUGGACGAAGCUUUCGUCAUCCAGGAGCAGGAUGUGGCUUUAAAUUUCAUCGGCGCUCGUGGUGCAAAACCGGGUGUUACUAGAGAAAAACGUAUUAAAUAUGCCAAGGAAAUUCUCCAAAAGGAAAUGUUACCUCAUGUUGGAACACACGAAUUUUGCGAAACAAAAAAAGCCUAUUUUCUUGGAUACAUGGUACAUCGCUUGUUACUGGCCGCGCUUGGACGUCGCGAGUUAGACGAUCGUGACCACUACGGAAAUAAACGGUUGGACUUAGCCGGUCCGUUGUUGGCGUUUUUGUUUCGAGGAUUGUUUAAAAAUUUGUUAAAAGAACUGAAAAUCAACGCGCAAAAGUAUAUCGACCGUGGGAGAGAUUUUAACUUGGAACUGUCUAUCAAAACGAAAAUUAUUACCGACGGGUUGCGAUAUUCUUUGGCCACAGGAAACUGGGGAGACCAAAGAAAGGCUCACCAAACCCGUGCUGGAGUAUCUCAGGUGUUAAAUCGGCUGACUUAUUGCUCUUCGUUAUCUCAUUUGCGACGCCUAAAUUCACCAAUUGGCCGUGAAGGCAAGCUAGCCAAACCUCGUCAGCUGCACAACACUUUAUGGGGAAUGAUCUGCCCUGCGGAAACACCCGAAGGUCAAGCGGUGGGUCUUGUAAAAAAUCUCGCUUUGAUGUCCUACAUCUCUGUCGGCUCACAACCAGCCCCGAUUUUGGAAUUCUUGGAAGAAUGGAGCAUGGAAAAUUUGGAAGAAAUCGCCCCAUCCGCAAUUCUAGGUGCCACAAAGAUCUUUGUAAAUGGCUCUUGGGUGGGUAUCCAUCGGGAUCCCGAGCAAUUAAUGGCCACUUUGCGGAAACUAAGACGGCAGAUGGAUAUCAUCGUAUCUGAAGUGUCCAUGGUCCGCGACAUUCGGGACAGAGAAAUUCGUAUUUCAACCGAUGCCGGACGAAUUUGUCGGCCGCUUUUGAUUGUAGAAAACCAGAAGAUGCUUCUUAAGAAGCAACACAUCGAAUUGUUGGGAGACCGGGCAAACACGAGCUAUAGAUGGCAAGAUUUGAUUGCUAGUGGUGUGGUGGAGUUCAUUGAUAUUCAAGAAGAAGAGACCAUCAUGUGCGCCAUGACGCCCUUCGAUCUAGUUGACCGAUCCGUCAGCGGUGACCGCCAGGCGUACUGCUCCACCUAUACCCACUGCGAAAUCCAUCCCGCCAUGAUCCUCGGCGUAUGCGCCUCCAUUAUUCCCUUCCCCGAUCACAAUCAGUCGCCCCGUAACACCUAUCAAUCCGCCAUGGGUAAGCAGGCCAUGGGAGUGUACAUCAGUAACUUCAACGUGCGCAUGGAUACCUUGGCCAAUGUUCUGUACUAUCCGCAAUCGCCACUGGUCACAACACGAUCCAUGGAGUAUCUGCGUUUCCGGGAACUGCCUGCCGGGAUCAACGCGGUAGUAGCCAUUGCCUCGUACACGGGCUACAACCAGGAGGACUCCAUCAUCAUGAACGCAUCGGCCAUUGAUCGGGGGCUGUUUCGAUCGUGUUUCUACCGCGCCUAUCGGGACAGCGAGGGGAAGCGGAUGAACGAUAAUGCGGAGACGUUUGAGCGACCGAAUCGGUCCACGUGCAGCGGGAUGCGAAAUGCGGUGUACGAGAAAUUGGACGACGAUGGGAUUGUGGAACCGGGCACACGUGUAUCGGGGGAUGAUGUUAUCAUUGGCAAAACUAUGACAUUGCCCGCUUCGGACGAUGAUGCAAGCGCCGGUCAAAAGCAUUAUACGAAAAAGGACUCGAGCACCUUCCUACGUGCCAGCGAAACAGGAAUUAUUGACCAGGUCUUGCUGACGGUGAAUUCUGAGGGGCAGAAAUUCUGCAAAAUCCGCGUGAGAUCCAUCCGGAUACCGCAGAUGGGUGAUAAGUUCGCCAGUCGGCACGGGCAAAAGGGCACUUGCGGUGUGACCUAUCGUAUGGAGGAUAUGCCUUUCACGGCGGAAGGUGUUGCGCCCGAUAUUAUUAUUAAUCCACACGCCAUUCCUUCACGCAUGACUAUCGGGCAUUUAAUUGAAUGUCUUCAGGGAAAGGUUUCAGCCAAUAAGGGCGAAAUUGGCGAUGCGACGCCAUUCAACGACACAGUCAACGUGCAGAAGAUCUCCACACUGCUGCAGGAUUACGGAUAUCAUCUGCGUGGUAAUGAGGUCCUGUACAAUGGCUUCACGGGACGGAAAAUUAAUUCCCAGGUGUUUAUUGGACCCACAUUCUAUCAGCGUCUCAAACAUAUGGUCGAUGAUAAAAUCCACAGUCGUGCGCGUGGCCCGGUGCAGAUUUUGGUUAGGCAGCCUAUGGAAGGUCGUGCAAGGGAUGGGGGUUUGCGUUUCGGAGAAAUGGAACGCGACUGCAUGAUCAGCCAUGGAGCCGCACAGUUCCUUCGUGAGCGUUUGUUUGAAGUAUCCGAUCCUUAUCGUGUUCACAUUUGCAACACGUGCGGACUCAUAGCGGUUGCGAAUCUUCGCAACCAAACAUUUGAAUGCAAAGGAUGCAGGAAUAAAACUCAGAUAUCGCAAGUUUGUGUCCCGUAUGCAUGUAAAUUAUUGUUUCAAGAAUUGAUGUCGAUGAGUAUCGCUCCUCGGAUGAUGCUUCAGUAAUCCAUCCAUGUGAUUUUAGUUGUGGAAAAUGGCUUUGUCUUCAACGCGCUUCGGGUUAAUCUACCGCUACUUUUACCAGUUUAUCGAUGCGAUUGUUUUAAAUUUUUUUGUCAUUGAUGGCUGCUUUGAAGCAUCUAUGUAGGUACGAGUAUGUAUGAUAAUUCCUCUCAUUGUUGACGACGUUCACGUUAUUACGGCCAAGGACAUGCCAGUUUAAUAGGGCGUAAUUUUUAUAUGCUUGUGGUUACAAAGCGACUGCUGAUCGCCAAAUAGCAUAAAAACGUGAACUGUUAUUGAAAAAAAACAGGAAAUACUGUAUGAAAUAAACAACAACAACAAAAUAAACUCUG